CAGACACGGGGAGAACGUGCAGACUUCACACAGAAAGGCCCUCGCCAGCCGCUGGGCUCGAACCCAGGACCUUCUUGCUGUGAGCAUUUUGGUCAAUUCAGGAAGACGAUCAUGGAAGACUCUGUCGACGUCAUCCUUCAGGACAAAAUGUUACAUCGUACUCGUGAAAGGCCAAUUGUCAUGAUUGCCUCUGGAGCUAUGCUUAUGGCCUCAUACGGGCUUUGGACAGUUUUUGCGCUGCCUGGCUUUCGAAAAGUGCCAACAUGUCUGAAGGUGCCAUACUUGCCCUCGAGUGGGGUACAGACACAGAACGUUAUGAGGCUCCUGCAGGACAGAGGGGGCUGUCUGGCAGAUCUGGGUUCUGGAGAUGGAAAACUGGUGUUUGCUGCCUCAUCAUUGGGCUUCCGGUGCACUGGCUUUGAAAUAAACUCAGUUCUGAUAGGCUACGCCAGAGCCAAAGCAAGGUGGAUGGGAAUUCCAACUACGGCAGCAAAAUUUGUGAAUGCGGACUUCUGGAAGACUGAUUUGUCCCAAUAUAAGAACUUGACAGUCUUCUUGGCACCUGGAGUGAUGGAAGUGCUAGGCAGGAAGCUGGAGCAGGAGUUGGCUCAUGAUGCCAGGGUGAUCGCAUGUCGUUUCCCAUUCCCUCGCUGGCAUGCUUCAGCAUCAGAAGGACAAGGACUGGACCAGGCCUGGGCCUAUGACAUGGCUACAGUUCACAAACACCCAGCAUGAGCUCCAACAAAUCACUGCAACCUUUUUCAUUACUGCCAAAUGGUUAUUUACAAACCCACAACACUUACGGAGUUGAACUGGAUCAUUGUAUUUAUCAUGCUUACUUUGAUUUACAACGUUAAAAGCAGUGAUCUGAAUAUCGGUUUUGGAUUGAGUGGAAGUGAAAAUAUUGGAAUUUGCAAAAGUCAGAAUGUUUAUCUUAAACAUAUGAGGUGCUCUGAUAAACCUGUCCGAGAUGUCUGUGGCCGAAAUCUGGAAAAUAGUCAAAUAUGAUGAAAAAUUGAAGUUUCAGCAAAUUCACCUUUUUCUACCAGUAAUAUACUUUGAAAUCUCUACUUUAAGAAAACAUAAAUAUCGUAUAUUUAUUUAACAACAAAGGCUUUCCAGCCUUGUCUUGCCUGCAAAAAUGAUGAUGUGUCGGGCUAGAUUAACAAACAGCAGUAAAUGCAGUCAGUCUGCCUUAAUAUGUCUAAAACUUUGCCCGCUAAGUGUGAUUUUGUCAUGAUUUGAUCACAUUUUUGGAUAAAGAAAGAGCAAUCAUGAGAUAUGGUACCCCUAAACUUAAGAAUAUGUUUUUUUAAACAGAAAAUAUUUAAAUAUCAUUAAACAGUAAUUCAGAUAGUGUUAAAUACUGUGUAUGAGCUUGCAAAAUAAGCACUAUGGUGUUGUACAUUGGUGAGAUUGGAGAGUGAUGUGGUAACCAGAAACUAUUAGCACCUGUGCGAAUACCUAGGUGUGCUAGCUAGCUUAUGUUACUAAUGAAUAAAAUAAUAGUUUUGAUUGUUAUAGUAUAUGAGAUCAUGACAGGGUUUACAGUAUUUACUGAAAUCUCACGUAUGUCUAAUUCUAAGAAAUGCAACUAAAUUAGCUCACAUUAUUAAUGAAAACAUUAACAUUUUGAAUUUGUCAAGAUUGAUUAGUUUUACUGCUAGUAAUGCAUUCAGGGAUACUUUAGCCCCAUAAAGUCCUGGCUUGUUAUUCACCUUAAAGUAAGGGAUUGUGUGGGGACAGCCAUGGCCUGAAGGUUAGAGAAGCAGCCUUGGGCCCAAAGGGUCGCAGGUUUGAUUCCCGGGACCGACAGGAAAGAAUGUGGGGUGGGUGUUGAGUGAAUGAACAGCACUUUCCCCUUCCUCUGAGCCCUAACCACCAACUGGGUUCUGUAGCUGUGUGCGCGUGCUCAUUGCUCACUUGUGUGUGCAUGUGUGUUCACUGCUUCAGAUGGGUUAAAUGCAGAGGACGAAU